AUGCCUUCAGACGUUCUAUUAAAAAGAGAAAAGAUACUAAAAGUGGGCAGGCUAGUAUUCCUGACAAAAAAUGGAAGUAUGAAGAUGAAAUGGAAUAAAAGAAGACCUACUAUAUGUCCUAUUCCAACAAUACCAGAUUUUGAUGACGACAACGCUAACGAAGAAGAAAAUAUUGCUCAGUCACCUGAAGUUGGGCAACAAACGACCGACAUACCGCCAUCUACACCUGAGGUUCGUCAACAAAUGGCUGGUACAUUGCUAACUACACCAUCACCAACUACAACUGAAAACUACCGUCAGCCAAAACGCACUAAACGAGGACAAAAACGAACUGAAGAAACACCUAGCACAGUACUAAUGAAGUAUAUAAUAGACAGUAAGAAAAAUACUCCACCACUGGAUGGCAUUGAACAAUUUACGGCUGGUAUGACAACUACCUUGCGAUCUUUUCCACCAAGAGACAGGGCUAUUGCAAAAGCCAAGAUAUUUGAAAUAGUCUCUCGUAUGGAAAUAGAUAUUCUGAGCAGGCCAUCCACAAGUACUUCUAUGGUAUCCACACCAUCAUCGUAUAACUCGAACUAUGCAGAAAGUACUCCUAUGCCAGAUACAAUGCAGGACUUCUCCCAAAGAUAUUUUUCGCUAGAUACAGAGGAACUGACAUAUGAGCGCUUAGAAUAA